CCCUUCAUUCCCACCUCGACAUCUCUUGCGCACUCCAAGCCAUCAAGAUGUCUCGCGGUGGAACGACCCUCUAUGUCACUGGCUUUGGCCACGGCACGCGCGCCCGCGAUCUCGCCUUCGAAUUCGAACGGUACGGACGUCUCGUCCGCUGCGAUAUUCCAGCACCCCGUACUGCGAGUAGCAGACUCUUUGCAUUUGUGGAGUAUGAGAGCCGUCGCGAUGCUGAUGAUGCCUACCACGAGAUGCAUAACAAGCGGAUCGGGCGUGAUGAUCAACUGAAAAUCGAGUGGGCUCGUACACCACCCUCCGCAAGCUGGCGCUUCGAUGCCGGUCGUCCGCCUCGAAAUGAUCGUCGCUCCGAGCGCUCGCCCCGUCGUCGCUCUCGCUCACCGCCCCGCCGCCUCGAAGACGACAGGGAGCGUGACCCGGCCGAUCGUGAUCGCGACAGGCGUGACCGUCGUGACCGCGAUCGCUCUCGCAGCCCCGACGACCGUGAUCGCGACAUGAAAGAUCGUGACCGUGAGGAUGACCGCGAGCGCGUAGGCGACCGUGAUCGUGACAGGGAAUACGAGCGAGAAAACGUGACUAACGGCGAUGAUCGCAAAGAGCGCGAUGAAGAAGCUCCUCCCGUCCUCGACGAUCUCGACACUGUGGAGUAGUAAACCAGAACGUUGAAGAUCUCCGGGUGGUGGGAACUCGUCUGAGAAUCCUCCCCGUCUCAAGAUUGCGUAGGACGGAUUACUCGAUUGGGAUCUGAGCACCCCUAUCAACGGCAGAGACAUGGACCGCCGAGGACCAUGAUCCACCCGCAGAGUCCUAGUCUAGAAGUAGCAUCAAAUGAAGAAUGCAAACGUAUCAGUUUCCAAAUACCAGACUAGUCAGCAU